AUGGUUGCUGAACUUGGACAAUAUGUUCAUGCAAUUGGGACUGAUUCCAACAAUUUGAUGGAACCCCGAAGUAUCGAAGCAAUUUACAUUGAACCUACAAAGCGUGUUGAAGCUUGGGCUGCUGCCAAAUGUGUUACUUCCAUGAAGUUCUUUGAUAAGAAGAGAGAUUUGGAGACAUUUCAAGAUGGCGAUCAAAUUGCAGGAGUGGAUGACACGGAACAAGGUUACUUAGAAGAAGCCUUUGAUCAGGACUAUGAACCUGAAGAUGAAGAUGAAAAUGAUUUCAAUCUACAUGGACAAUUCGAUGAUAUCGAUGAUAUUGAUGACUCCAAAAGAGAAGAGCUCUUGGCAGAUGCAGACAAUGAUGUCAAUGAUAUGCCAGAACUCACUGUCAGAUUCCAAGGAGAUGACAACUAUGAAUCAGAUGACGAUUCGGGUGAUGAAGGCGAUGAAGAGGAAGAACCUAUUGUGGCCGAUUUGGAUCACCAUCAAGAAAAUGUCGAUAGAGGAACCGAUGAUAUUGGGAGCCUCGUUACUGAUCUGGAGGACCUACAAGAGCCGCCAGAAGAAGAGAUUGUAUUUGAGCGUGAAGAAACGCCUCAAGUAGCAAAAAGUCACUCUGGGCUGAACCUUUCUCAAGUUCCAAAGAAACCAAGAGAAUGGCCUUUGAGCAGGAGUGGCAGUUCUGCCAAUAAGAACAAGAAUCGAGUUGCGACAAGACGCAAGCAUCGAGAAAGAGAAUUGAAACCCUUGAAGAACAAGUUAAAAUCUGGCAUUUAUUGGGAAGAGAUGAAAGCUGAUUAUGAAGAGCACGACGUUAUUCUGAUCGCUCGUUGCAUGAUGCAGAUCAAGGCCAAGUUCGAUACUGAUGAAGGUCUGAACUUCAUUCAACAGUAUUACAUCAAUCAAGGACUGAAGAAGUUUGGUGAUGAUGGAAAGGAUGCUGUGGAAAAGGAAUUGAGACAAAUGCUCCUGAAAGAUUGUUUUACUCCCAAAUUUGUUAAAGACAUGACCGCGUCUAAGCAAAAGAAGGCCCAAUCAGCAAUGAUAUUACUUGUGGAGAAGCAAUUUGAAAAGACGAUUAAAGGUCGCCUAGUAUACCGAGGCGAUGGAACUUGUGAAUGGUUAUCGCGAGAGGACACUGCAAGUCCAACUGCUUUGCAGGAAGCAAUCACCACUACUUGUGUUAUUGAUGCACACGAAGGUAGAGAUAUAAUGACGAUGGACGUGCCUAACGCUUUCAUUCAAACUUAUAUGCCUGAAGCUAAGGAAGGAGAAGAUCGUAUCUACAUGAAAAUCACUGGCAUCCAUCGCAGCCUUGACUUAUCUUGGAGUGAAUCCUUCCUUGUUCUUUCGAACGGUUGCCAUCUUGGAGGUCAUCUCGAGUCCAGCAUAUCCAUUCUGUUUGUUUGGAGAAAGUUCGAAAUGGGGUUGAUUAUUUAA